UCUUGCUUCGGUCGUGAGCCUUCCGAUACAACGCCUCAAACUCCUUGUUCUUGGAGACGAGAGGCCGCCCUGACAGCACAACUACCUACCUUUUCCCUCACAGUGUUUUGAACGGGUCGGCAACCGUUAACCAACGGGAUCUUUUGUUUUCGUCGGAGCCGACUCCCUAAAUAUCCCCUGGGUUUAUUUGAUUCUCUUGUGUGUAUCUUACCAUGGCGGCGAGUGCGAAGCGAAAGCAAGAGGAGAAACACCUGAAGAUGCUCAGAGAAAUGACGAGUUUGCCUCCCAACAGAAAGUGCUUUGACUGUGACCAGCGCGGCCCAACCUAUGCCAACAUGACAGUGGGCUCAUUCGUCUGCACCUCCUGCUCUGGCAUUCUACGAGGGCUCAACCCACCCCACAGAGUCAAGUCCAUCUCUAUGACAACCUUCACACAACAGGAAAUCGAGUUCCUACAGAAACAUGGCAAUGAGGUAUGUAAACAGAUCUGGCUUGGCCUUUAUGAUGACAGAACCUCCUCAAUACCAGACUUCAGAGAACCUCAAAAAGUCAAGGAGUUUCUUCAAGAUAAAUAUGAGAAGAAGAGAUGGUAUGUACCACCUGACCAGGCCAAGGUGGUGGCGUCGGUCCAUGCCUCCAUUUCUGGCUCUUCAAACAGCAGCACCAGCAGCACCCCAGAGGUCAGACCGCUUAAAUCCCUGUUGGGGGAGUCUGCACCUGCCCUCCACCUCAGCAAGAACACCCCUCCUAAUCAGUCUCCAGUGGUGAGCCGUGGGCAGGUGCAUCAGCCGCAGUUCCAUGACAAGAAGUUUGACCUCCUCAGUGACCUGGGUGGAGACAUCUUUGCUGCCCCGCCCAAUCAGAACGCAGGCACCAGCACCGGUUUCGCUAACUUUGCACAUUUCAACAGCCAUCCAACAGCACAGAAUGCCAAAGCAAACGCAGACUUUGCAAACUUUGAUGCGUUUGGGAGCACUUCUGGGUCAACAGGUGUUUUCCCCACUGCACCCCAAGCCCAGUUCCAACCGUCAAAUACAGCGUUCACUGUACUCUCAUCCAGCCGCAGUGUGGGUGAGUUUGCCACUGCUCUGCCUGUCCUGAGUGCACACAGUAGCGCCUCAGGGGGACUAGCAAAUGCCAAUUUUGCAAAUUUUGACAACUUCCCCAAAUCGUGUAGCGCUGACUUUGGAUCCUUCAGUUCCUCCUCCCAGAGUAACUCCACAGGAGCUGCCAGAGAUGCUGUAGAGAGUACUAGCGUCCCUGCUGAUAGAUACGCAGCCCUGGCUGACCUGGAUAACAUGUUUAGCUCUGCCAAAACGGAGCAAGGAGGUGGUGUUCCUGGCGGUGUGAACUCAGCCGCAGCAUCAACGGGUGCUAGUGGUCCGCCUCAGAGCCAGUCCACAGCAUCAGCCAUCGGGGACCGCUAUGCCGCACUAGCUGAGCUUGAUAAUGUCUUCAGCUCGUCAGCCCCUUCCACUACUGUUUACAACACCACUAGCACCUCACAAGGGGGGAUGUUUGGUUCAGGGACUGGGGUAUCAACAGCCCAGGCACAGCAGGCUUUGCCCAAUAUGGCCCAAGGUUUUGCAGCUCCAUCGACUAACCCUUUUGUUGCUGCUGGAAUUGCCCCAGCAGCAGCUCCCACCAACCCUUUCCAGAGCAAUGGGAGAGCAGCAGCUGUGGCCGCAGCAGGUGAUGGGCAAGGCUUGAUGGGGGUUCCUCAUGGGCAGGGUUAUCCUCCCACUCAUUUUGCCACGUUUGGCCCAGGCUCCAUGAGCAUGCCAGCUGGAUUCGGGAAUGCUGCAGCCUACAACCUCCCUACCAGCUUUAGUGGAACCUUCCAGCAGCCCUUUCCUGGCCAGCCCCCCUUUCCCCAGCCUCCAGCAUAUCCCCAGCAACCUAACGGUGGAGGAUUUUCAGCCUUUGGCCAGGCCAAACCUGUUGUCACUCCUUUUGGACAGACUAUGGCUGGACCUGGCGUCUCCAGCAACCCCUUUCUAGGUGCAGCUCCAUCUGCACAGUAUCCAGCAGGAGGCUCUUCGACAAAUCCCUUCUUAUAGCGCUCCAUCCAAUCAACACCACUACAGGGUCAACAACUGGCGUGCUUGCACCUCUUGCACUGUUUCGUUUCACAAGUAGCUUUAAAAACACAAUGUUUGUAAGAAUUUGUACUUUCUAUUGCAAUUUGACACAAAUGCAACAAUAUGAAAGACUCAUGCUGACAGUGUCUGUGGCAACAAAACAAAAAGUGAUCUUGUGCUCAGAGCUAGAGGUAAGUCCCCUCUUCUCUAUUGAACCUGUGAAAUGGCCUGGCCUCUACUGAGCCACAAUGUAUAAUCAAACUGGCUGAUAACUAAGUUAUUGCAAAUAUCCCAUUCAUUAUGCUGCAAUUCUGUACAUAGUUUUUUUUUUCUUUGAGGAAAUUAGCUCUUUGUGCAUAUCAGUAUUUGUAUCUAACACACACAUGGUUUGUUAAAACUGAACUGUUACUUGGAAAAACUGAUGGGUACUGCUAGUUACUGUAUUUGUAAAGAACCAAACAAUUUAUUUGUGCAGUAUCGUUUUAGGUGAGCUGUUUUUACUGAUGAAAAGAGAAUGCUUACUCUGUUCAUGAGAUGAAAGAAAGUGUGAGUGCUGCAUCAGGGAAGGGUGAGGGAUUCCUUUCUCUGUCAUACAUUGCCCUGCUGACAGGGGCCCAGAUUCAAAAUGCCUCUGGGCCACAGUUAACCAGGCCCACAAUGCUAACCAGAAUGGAUGAUGAACUGAAAACCACUUACAUCGGGUAUUAGAGAAUUUUAAGUUAAUGUGUAAAUAUCUAUAUAUUAAAAAGAAUUUUAAUUAAGAAGAAA